GUGGAUUUAAGCUUACAUCCCUCCGCUUUACUCUCCUAUCUUUCCUCCCCCACUCCCACGUUUCUGCGCAAACUUCAUGUAAAUUAGCCCUCAACCUCCUCCUCCUCUCUCGGCUCAUUGGCACGUCUUCUUAUCAAUCUUCAUUUGAGACCGAGAGGGACGCAGAAGCUCCUCCACCACCCACAUCCAUGUUCUAGUCCACCUAUCUUUCGUACAAGAUUAAUGCAUCAGGGUGAUCUCUAGUUCAUCGGUGUUGGGUGGCCGUGUCUACUUCUCCUCCUCCUCCUCCUCCUCCUCCACCUUUACCUACCUUGGGACUUUGGGCUCUUUCAGAAUGUCUUUCAGCGGCACCCUCGACAAAUGCAAGGCAUGCGAGAAGACCGUCCAUUUCAUAGAUCUCUUGUCCGCUGAUGGAGUCAUCUAUCACAAGUCCUGCUUCAGAUGCAGCCACUGCAAUGGGACUCUCUCGAUGUGCAACUACUCUUCCAUGGAGGGUGUCCUCUACUGCAAGCCUCAUUUUGAGCAGCUGUUCAAGGAGACAGGCACCUUCACCAAAAAGUUCCCAACAGGGAUAAAGGCUGGAGAGAGGAAUGAACUGUCUAAAACGCCAAGCAAGUUCUCCUCCAUGUUCAGUGGAACUCAGGACAAAUGUGCAAGCUGCAAGAAAACAGCGUACCCCCUGGAGACGCUGACCAUGGAGGGAGAGUCGUACCACAAGACCUGCUUCAAGUGCUCCGUGGGAGGCUGCACCCUCACGCCUUCGUCCUGCGCUGCACUCAACGGCAUACUUUACUGCAAGCACCAUUUUGCUCGGUUGUUCAUGGAGAAGGGAAGCUACAGCCACGUGAUCCAGGCGGCUCUGAUGAAGCAGAACGCGGCCGAGCAGCCCAUCUAAGCCCGCCCGCGCAGGAUCGAGCGAGCGAGCGAGCGAGCGAGCGAGAGAGAGACAAAUAAGAAAGGCUUACUUAUUCCAGGUUCAUUCUGGUUCUUUGUUUUGACUUCUUCACCUGGGACUACUGGUAUCAAGAGGAAUUGAAUUGUGCGCUUUGAUUUCUGAUGUUUUCCUCAUGUACUCAAUCCUUUUUCUUCUUCUUCUUCU